UACCUUGUCAAACCGGUCACAACCGAGAAAAACCCAGGAAUACCUUUCAGAGUUACAAAUCAUAUGAUGGCGAUAAGCUAUGCAUGUGAGGUCUGGAAGUCGGGAUUCAAUUUAAAAAAACGCAAUGUCGCAGCUGCAUUACUCAUGACAGAUUCACUUAAUGACAGAUACAAUAUCAACGUUUCCCGCACAAAAUCAAGUAAACACUUACGUAAUCGUCGAUCAUUCGAAAUAUUUCAUACCUCGUAGGUGCCCUGGACGAGAUGUGCAAACACAUCCUAUCGUUUCUACAACUAUUUAUUUCUUCUCCAUUUGGGCCAGCUAUGGAUGCUGAUUCAUUUCCAAAAACAUUGACCGAGUUUGGUUAUGUAUUCAAUGAUAAGGGACAGUUGCGAAUUAUUGACCAAGUCACAAAAGCUGCAGGAGAUUGUCCCUUUGAGUUUGAAGUGGAUAGAGACAAUAAUGAUUACAACCAACGACGCUAUGAAGCAUUAGGAGAAAUUAUUAACCAACACAUUUAUGAAUUGCUUGAGACUAGUGGGAAGCUUAAAAAAAAAUUCUUAAAAAAAAAAGGUUGCAAUGAAACAUCUAAUGAAAUUGAGUCUUUCAUCUUUGUUAGUGAUGAUGUUGACACCAAUGAUAAACUGAUUGUUUUAGUACAUGGUAGUGGUGUUGUUAGAGCUGGGCAGUGGGCUCGUAGGUUGAUAAUCAAUGACAGCCUGGAUACAGGAACACAAUUACCUUUCAUUGAAAUGGCCAGGCAGAAAGGUUACGCCGUUAUAGUUACAAAUACAAAUGACAAUCAUAGGAUUAUUGACAGAAAGAAGAAAUUAAUCCAGGGUAGUGAAAAUCCAGUGAAUCAUUUGCUAUCAGUGUGGAAACAGGUGAUUGACGGAAGUCCGGCCAAACAUAUCGCAUUCAUUGCCCACAGCUAUGGCGGUGUGUGCACAUUGGAUUUGGCAAGUCAAGUGGAGAAGAAAUUUCAAGAUAGCGUGUUUGCCCUGGCGAUGACGGAUUCCGUCCACAGCAUGGUCCACCAUGAGACGAUCGCGGCCGGCCUACAGCAAUUCCUUUGUCAGAUUGGGCGCAAUUGGGUAUCAUCCGGCCUACCGUUGGACACGCCAGUCGGAAGACCAGCCAACGAUAUCGAUCGCGUGUCGGCAGGUCACACGCAGCACGAGAUGACCUCUUACUGCAGCAUGUCCAGUAUAUUUCAGUUCCUGGAGGACAAGUUGCAGGAGAAAUUGCAACAGCAACAAAACGGACAGUAACAAAAUCUCUCUGACCACCAGACCUUAUUUUAAUCCGAAUUUCCUAUUAGAAACUUUUUCCCAAAAUGUUAUUCCCAUUUCCCACGCACAAUUUUAACUCUCGUGUGGCUGUUUAGGAGACCCAAAAGUGUGUAUCCCUUUAAUUCCUUAUCUUUCCUUUGCACCCUUCAACAAACAAAAAGAUUUUCGGUGCUUUGACUAAUUGACAUAUCUGUUUAUGGAGAGAGAGAGAAAAAGAGAAAAUGUCGUCCAGUACAAGCAGCUUGAACUUGAAACAAAGAAAGAAACGGACGUUGUCAAUGGUAAUUGGAUUCGUUUGUUGCCCCCAGCGUGACGCCGAGAUAUGAGAGAAAAAACGAAAAAAAAAAAACGAAGGGGGUUCGUGAAAAUUAGCGUCUGUUUAACCCUAUUUGGCUCGGCCAGUCACCUGUGCACACCGUCAAAAAGGUAUGUCAUAAUAACAACUAAGGGCUUCCCCCCUCUCUCUUCUGAAUUUAAGCGGAAAAAGGUGUAGGGGAAGAGUCAGAGAAGACUGACACUCAAGUCAGUCGGUCCGUCCUGUGCGAUGAAAAAAUGCGGCCGGGGAAUUGAAAAAAAGAAAAAGAAAAUGGAGACAUUUCACACUGGAACGGUUUCCCCCCGUCGGCUGCGGACCGACCCCUUCGAGCGUCCGUUACACGACAGAAGCCCCUGGAUCACGCAAGCCGAGAUUUCCGCCGCCGCCGACGACUUUUGCCUUAUUGGCUUUUGGCGGGGUGUCGUCAACGGAAGCCGUUCAAUUCAUCCCCCCAAACAAAAAAGGGGAAAAAUGUUUCGGGAGAAAAAGAAAAGGGGGAGGUUAUAGGGUUGAAUAAGAGAGAUGCGGGUGAACGGUCACGGGUAUCCCCCUGUAAGACGCGUGCGCCAACGGGAUUUUUCCUUUUUUUUUCUUUUUUCCUAGACGCCGGGGUCGUCAUUGUAGAGGCCGAGAGGAAAGAUCGGGAGUGUCCGUGCGUGUCGGCGGCCAGUUACGCUACAACGGGCUACCGGCGCUUGGCCUCUCGGCCCCGCCCUCUGCUUUGACCCCCCUCCCCUUACUGUUUUUCUUUCAGAAAUUUUCCAGGGGAAAAGAAAGAAAUGGGAAACCGAAACGGCCAAAUCCAGGAAGAGGACAAACGACGUAUCGAGAGAAAAAAGAAUCCGCAAUAAUCGUUGACCGAAUUUUCGUCCGUCUCAGGAAAAAAGUUUCCCACCCACUUUCCAGGGACCUUUGAUCUCCUGGAAUUACACCGACUUCAUUUAAUAUCUUUUCCCUCCUUCAACUCAAAGUAUCACGGCGGUCCUUUUUGGUGUUUGAUUUUUUAAACUUCAUUCUCAAUAUUCAAUUUUUAAAAAAUAAAAAAAGGUAAAACUCUGGUAGGUUUGGGAGGGAUCAAAUCGUCAAUGUAUUACACUGUACACUGAGAAAUAACAUCCACACAUGAAAUUCUGUAAUGAAACAAACAAACAAAAAAGAUAAGAGGGAACCACUGAUGAAAUCUCGGGAGGGGGGGUGACAAAUCAAUCAAGAAGUAAACAGUUAAACAAACCACACAUCAAUAAUUAUGAUUUAAGAGAGAGAGCUGUCGAAUUUUUUUUUUUUUUUUUCAUUUUUAAUUUGGUUUGGGGGGAGAUUUUAC